UGAAGAGAGGGAGGACAGCGAGCUAAGAGUCGUGGCUUUGUUUGGCCGGCUGGCCUCAGACCCGGUGAAAGUGCACGCAGAGGAGAAACAGGGGUGAGACAUGGAGAUGGAGGAGAGAGCACUAGACUGAGGAUCUCCUUCAUCCUCCCAGUAAACAGAAACCAAACUUCCCAUUAUUCCCUUAGUGACGUUUAAUCAUGAGCAGCCCAGAUCGACUGCAGAUGGCCGUGCUUCCCUCUCACCUACACUCCAAGUGUUAAUCAGCACUCAAUCACAGGAUGACGAGGGUUUAAUUUAACAUGUUGCAUCCAUCAUGCUGAAACGCUGCUCAGAGUUUGCAAAUUCGCCCCAAGUCGCCCAUUGUUCACACAAUUAAUUCAGCUACUGUACGGCGCAGGUGCCUUUUUUUCUCCCACUUCAACGGAUAAUGUGUGUUAAUUUGUUCCAGGGAGGAAAACGCGAAGCGAUGGAGGAUGGAAGGGAGGAGGAAUGGGCCGGGCCGGGCCUGGGAUGAGGGGUGUGGUUGGGUAUAAACCAGGGGACAGUGGGGUUUCUGUUGUUGUCCUGUCUCUCCUGGCGUCCUGCUCCCCUUCAUCCACUCUCCUUUUUUUCUGGUUUUUCCCUUCUCCUCCUUCCACUCACGCUCCCGGUGGAGUUGGGACUCUUCCUCGGCAGAGUCCUGUCAGGUUCGCAGCGUCCAUCCGUUGUUUUGGGGGGAGCUCCAACAGAAGCCAGAAAACCAUGCUGAGAGUUUUGGCGCUGGCGUCAGUGGUCCUCCUGGGAAUAGCACCCCAGGCAUCCCAGGCCAUUACUGUUUACACCAGCUGGGAGCGCCACGCCCUGGUGGGCUCAGACGUCAGGCUGUCCUGCUCCUUCUUCUCCUGGCGCUUUGUUUCCGAGGAUGUUUCCUUCACCUGGAGAUACAGACCAGACGGCUCGCGGGACAGCGUCUCUAUCGCCCACUACGCCGGUGGUGAGCCCUACACUGACAACAAAGGCGCGUUCAAGGACAGGGUGGAGUUCGUGGGGAACCCGAAGCGUCGUGACGGCUCCAUCCUGAUCAAAAACUUGGAUUUCAGCGACAACGGCACCUUCACCUGCGACGCCAAGAACCCCCCUGACAUCGUGGGGCGCCCCUCCAGCGUCCGGCUGCUGGUCUUUGAGACCUUGCCCAUCCAAGCGGGUGUGAUCACGGGGGCCAUCAUCGGUGUGGUGCUGGGCCUGCUGGUGCUGAUUGUGGUCAUCUACUACCUAAUGAGGUUCCUGGUGGCGCGUCGCGUCUUCAGCCUUAGCGUCAGCAAACAUGGCAAGAAAAAGAAAGAGGGAUCACAGCAGAGACAGGGCCCCGCGCCUCCCGCUGACCCCUCCAAGGUGAAGGCGGCCGCCUCGGAAAAGAAGAAGCAGGAGUCUCGCAAGGAUAAGAAAUAGGAUACGGGGCGGGCCUGGGGCGGGCUGCUCCAGCCCCUGCGCCAGAUAAAGGUCUGACUUCUCCAUGACUGCCUCCACUCCUCUAGUCUGCUCCCUCUUUUUCUGCCCAGCCUGAUGCAACCCCCAUUUUUUCCCAUUAUCUGUGCUCUCUCAAGACAGCACUGGCUGUAAGAAUAGCCCCCCCGUAUUUCACUGAGCAACAGUGUCAAAUAAUUUUUACAACGCCUCAUCGAAGACGGCGUUUGCGAUCACUGGGCUAACUGUAAAAGUCUUUAAGGCCUAGCUAUGCACAUAACUCGACAGACCACCCCUCAUGUGUUUAGAAUCUUCCCCCUUCACUUUAAUGUUUACGACUCAAUCACGUCCACCGAGCGGAGCUGCCAGCGCGCACUGGACUUCACGUAGAGGAAAAACAGAGCGUGAUAGCCAGAGAGAAAUAUGAUUCCUGCUCUCAGCCGACGCAGAUAGAAGUUCAAGCCCCGGAGCUCGGAGGUGAUUCAAUCCUCUCACAUUUGAGCUAAUGGAGGUUGUCGCUGUGCCCCUGCCCAGGCUGAAGGGGGGCUAUUUCUGGCCUCUCUAUAAGAGAGCACAGGCUUACAGUAACAGCUGCACAUUUUUCAACCAACAAGCGGGGGAGGUUGGAGGUGGAGGUGAUUUUUUUUUCUCUUUCCCGUUUGCGCCUGAGAGAUGUCCGCGGCCGGCUCAGCGGCCAGUGACUGACGAACUGGAAUGACGUCACGGCCUCCAGCGGCCGGCGGAUGGAUGCUCUCAGGAGUCUUACCGGGAAGAGGUGCAGCUCCCGAGUUAUUUUAGGUCCAGUUAAUCCACUCGCACGUUUCUCCUAAUUAUUUUUUGUGUGUGCCGGUAACAUGAUAUCUCUCACCGCAUCUCCCCCCUGCCUCCUCCGCCGUCUCCACUUCAUCUCUGCCCCCAUCUUGGGAAUCAUCUCCCCCAGUUUCGCUGUCUCUGUCCUCAAUGUCUUUGGCUUCCCUUUAUCUCUUCCCCGUCCUGCUGUCUACCGAGUCCGCGCCGCAUUAUUCCCCCACUGAAAAGGUCUAUACACAAUCCAAUCUACUCUUUAAGCCGCUCCUUAUCUGACUGGCAGGCCUACAGCUCAAUGCUUCACUCUCAUCCGUCCUUCCUCCUCUUCUGCGUCUUCGUUACUCUCUUUUCCAAACUCGGAGGCAGGCACUUCGUUUGCGCCGUCCUCCAUCUUUGCCAGUGAUUGACGAAAAACGCCCUCCCGCUUUGCCCUUCAAACACGCCGGAGGCAAGACUUUCCCCUAAGUCUGGGUCUCAGUGAAACACCUGGAUUCUGUACCUAUUGUCAUUUAGUACCUGUAAACAAACCAUUUCAAGGUUUAGCAUUAAUUCAAAACACGGAAUUUUAUAUAUAAUGUAUUUUAUCAUUUGCAGAUGACUUCAUAUUUCAACCUUUAUAUCAAUGGUACUGCAGACUUUUAUGAAAUAUCUCAUAUUAUGAACCCUGAUUGAACUGAGAUUACUCUCACUGACAUUUUGCUGUUAUUUGUUAUUUAUUGGAAUCAUAAAAUCUUAUAGUAAAAUCAGAGUUGGCGAAAUGGAUUUAAAGUUUUAUCACAAUUUUUCGUGGUAAUAUUAUUACAACAAAAGUGACAAUAAGAACUAUUUAUUGAUUUGUUUUACGGUAUUUAUUGUAUCGUUAACGCUAAGAUAAAUACACUCCCCUUUUUUUAGAUAUGGCUGUGACUUGAGUGACACAGCAACUAUAGUCCCACAAACAAAUCCAAACAUAUGAUGCCUCAAAAACAUUCCCAUUUGUAAAAUGCUUCUUUAGGUCACCAGUCACAUAAAGAUUUAUGUCAAUAAACUGCAAAUCGUCACAGCACAUAAUCACAAAUUCAAAUUUAUUGAUUUUUAUUCAGGCUUUCAGCGAAUAAACUUUGGGGGGAAAAAAAUUUAAAGUCAACAAUCCCAAUAAGAUAAACAAUUUUAAAGUUUCAGACAUCAUUAACUGGAAUUUAUUAUGGUGAUAAAUCCAAAUUAUUACCAUAAUAAAAAAUGGAUCACGAUUAAUGAUAAAUAAUACAAUAAAUGCUCACCCCGACAGUAAACUACUUCAAAUUAUCAGUUGUGAAAGUAGGUGUGACACGUCCCUUGAUAAUUUGCCGUUCUGUACCAGACGGGUCCUUUUGGGUCCAUCUGGUCCGAAACGACCCAAACUGCAAAGCUACAAAAUGGCAAAGGUACUAAAUGAUCACCAACUACUUCCUCUUUGCCCCUGACCCCAUUUUGCCCUCCUUUUUUGCUGGUUUGAAAGCCAAACACCUUCCAACGCCCCCUACUGGCUGAGGAACACUCCUGCACUCAAGACGCCAGAAACUUACCCUUCAAGCAAGCUCUCUUCCGGUCGCAAAUGCCCGUGUUUUAUGUAUAUGCGUUUCGUGUUACAGAGUGUUUAAAAAAUAGAUUUGUUAUAAUUCCAAACAGUGGCAGUAAGUGAAGCAAAUAAUGUUUUCUGGGACAGUUUUUACAUGUGUACACACAUGGAGAGCGUGUUCACCAAAGCAGGGAAGAAAUGUAAUAGUGCUCUAUAGAAAAUGCCGUUAUAUUUCUGGCCUCGUGUGUGUUAUGGCAGGUACUGUGUGGCUCUCUCUUGGGUGAAUUUUAUUCGGAGAUGGAAGAAAAUUGAGGUUGUGGUGCAGAGAGUGAGAGCGGAUAGCCUUAGAUUCAUCAUUCCACGGCUGGGGAGGAAAGAAAAACCACAGAGGAAGGUGCUUGCUGUGGAAGCAAAGCUUUGCAGGAAGAGACUUAUCUGGCCUGUUAAGCCCUGCCAAAGAAAUCUGUAUGUAUCACUACAGAUAGUCUGCUCUUCCCCCCAGAGCUUUUCUUUUAAAGGUGCUCCAUCCCAACCCUGAGCCAAAGAUGGAUCGUAAUCUGCGGGCUUGAUAUGCAGGACAGAUAGUGCAGACUUGAACUUUUCCCUGAAAAUUCAUAACAGGAAUAGGUGGUGUUGAAAUCCACACAUCCAUCUCUUUCACUCGUCGCUGUUUUUUAUCCAGUCAAAUGGAUUCGUUAGAAUGUUUUCUUGUUUUAAAGCAAAGCCACACAGAUGCCUGACAUAACAUGAAUGAUAUUUACAUGCCUUGUAAAAUGAUUUAUAUGCGAUGUAAACUGUUUUAGCUAUAGACUCUGAUUAACAUUUUGAUUUGAAACCACUGGAGCUUCUUAGAUUUUUUUCAGUGCUCAUAAUAAUUUAAGGACACUAACAUCUUUUUGACUAUGUAUGUUGUAAAGAGAACACAAGAAUAAAAGCCAUAAGCACAGCUGUUGAGCAGUAAACCCAGCUGAAAAUAUC